AUGGAAGAAUUAAUUCGAUCAGUUAUACAAUUUGAUGGUGCUCUAAAUCAAGAUGUUAUUCAAUGGCUAGAAUAUAUUGAAGAAGUAUUUGAUCGAGUACAAUUACAAACAUCAAAUAAAUAUAUUGCUAUACAAUACUUUUUAACUAAUAGUGCUGCUACGUGGUUUAAAUAUAAGAAAUCAAAUAUUCCUGAUUGGUUUACAUUUAAACGUGAACUUAUUGAAGCUUUUCAAUCGUCGUCCUCCUUUUCCUCAUCACAUCUUCUUGAUCGACAUCAAUUAAUAAUUAAAGAAGAACCACAAAAACUUGAACAAGAAAAAGAUAUAUUACCUGUUCCUGCAUCGACUUCAACAAUAUCCAACAAGAAAAAUGAUAGUGAAAAUUAUCAAUUAGAUUUACUUCAUGAUGGUUCGAUUAAAUCAUUAGAAAAUUUAGAAGUUGAUAAUUUAGAAGAUAAAUGUUUACGUGAACAUGAACAAGGUUAUUACUCAUCUAUAUUAGUUAAUACUAAUUAUUUUGAUCUGGAUAUUCAACAUCAAGAUGCAGAUGCAGCAGAUAGUUGCGAUACACAACAACAAGGUGCAAAUGUAGCAGAUGUUUGUGAUCAAUUAGAACAACAAGGUGAAUCUGUUAUUAAUUCUGAUUCUGUUCAAACUGAUAUUGAAGAUACUUUUGAAGAUUUUACUCGACCUAUGGAUAGUUUAACAGGUAAUGAUUCAUUAAUUAAUAUUGUUUUACCACAUGAUGUUCAAUAUUUAUGGUCUGAUAAAUAUAAACCACGUCCACCUCGAAUUCUUAAUAAAGCUCCUGCUGUUUAUAAUUGGAACCGAUAUAAUAAGCUACAUUGCAAUAAAGAUGACUCACCACCACCAACUAUUCAAGAGAAUCAAUUUAAUACUGUUAGUAAAGAAUGGAAUUACACAUAUAACCAUGGACUUCGAUUUUAUUUUUAUAAUGAAAUGAUUCAAUUAAGAUUUUCUUUCCGUAAAUGGAAAUAUCGUCUCUCAACUUUAUUUUGUUUUCGUAAAUGGAAAUAUCGUCGAGUAACUUUUUCUGUUUGUUUUUAUUGUGUGUCGUUUAAAACUGUUCUACCUUAUGUUAUUUUUUCAUUUUUGCUGUUUCUUCUUUGAUGAACUUAUACUUUUAUGUUACUCAAACUAUAUCUCAGGAUAUACAUAAAAAAAAAAAAAAAGAAACAACAGAGUUACUAUUGUUCAUCUUCAUCUAUUUUUUCACAAGUACUGUACUCUAUUUUUCUAUUCUCAGUGAUGAUGCUGUUACACCUCGUGUUUCUUUUAUUUGUUUUAUUUUCUAUCUCUUUAUUUGUUAUUAUCUCUUCGUGAACAGAUAAACCCGUUCACUGGUAAGGGCGGAGGUGUUAGGUAGUGGCGCUAUCUUUUGUCCACUACCUCCUUUUUCUUCUCUUUCUCCUAUGUUCUAUUGAUUGGUCAUCUGUGUGAUCCAUAAGAAUAGAUAGAUGACCGAAUAGUUAGUUAGUUAGUGUGUUUGUUUUUCCCGAGUGGAAAAGAAUAAAACGUGAACCAGGAGUGUGUUGAUCGACACUUCCUAACAAUAAAGAUGUUAAAACAAUGUUUAGUUUAUCAUUGGACUCCAUAAGGACACAAAAAGAAUAAAAAUAAAUUAUAGUGAUUUCCUCAUCCUAAAAAACAAACAACAACAAGAAAAUGAAUUCAAUAAAAAGAUUUUAGUAUGGUUUCUAAUAGUGCACAUUCUAAAAUAAUGAUGUUAACUAAGAGUAUAAUCAAUUUUGGAGCAUUGUUCAGACUCUAUACAAUUAUAUAUACUUUUUGUUUGUUCAACUUUAUAUAGUUGACAAAAUAAAAAAAUCCAA